UCUUAUCGGAGCCGAACUGAGUUGAUGGAACCAAGCAUUGCAGAUUAGCCCUACUGAUAUUAGCUGCAUUAAAUAUUUCAUAUGUCACACGAUCUCUGGUAGGAGAAAUUUGAUGCCCAGCCUAGAUCUUGUUUCUUUUCGGAAAGAAUGAUGUUGGAAUAUAGCAGUACGCUUUUCGUGGAAACUCUAAUGAGAUGCCCCACGGGGAAACAUAGGUAUUUUGGCAAGGGGUCGCAUCUGCCGAGGGUUCCCCAACUUCAACCCCGCCUAUAACACCACAUCGUCCCGCUUUCUAUUAGGGGAACUGUAGAGCGGAGUACCUUCUAGGUAAGUAUUACCAAUUUUGGAGGGAUUACGAAUAAGGGGAUAAUGUUCGCAAGUGAUAUAUAUGUGAGAUUGACUGGCCGGAAUGUUCGACGACGAAGGGGGGAAACAGAAAGAAUUUAGAAAAUUAUAUGAAUAUAGCCACCAUGACGGCACGAACAAUCCCAGUUAUAAUACCAUCGUUAAAGGAGAAGCAUAGCGGGACGCCGGUGCGACUGAGCCAGGAAGCAAAAGAUGCACAUGCCCGCCUGUCGUCAAACCGUACGCUGCCAGCCAGUCAAGCGAGAAAGAGACCGGUUCGAUUGCCACCAGAUGUUUCUCUGGAGAAAUUUGAGACGGCAGUUAAGGAAUUGAGGACAGAAAUAGGAGAUGACAAUGUCGAAGUCAAUGAUAAGCCACUAGUGGAUGGGUGGUACUUAGAACACCCAAACACUCACGAUGCAUUCCACAUUGCGGACCAGGAAGAGCUUGUCAGUAGUGCGACAGUGUAUCCUGGGUCAACGGAAGAAGUUCAAGCGACGGUUCGCUGGGCUAACAAGUUCGGCAUCCCAAUCUAUCCUAUCUCCAUCGGUCGAAACCUAGGCUACGGUGGCGCCGCACCCCGUAUGCCUGGGGCCAUAGUCGUUGAUCUCGGUAAACGGAUGCACCAGGUCAUCAAUAUUGACGCGGAGAAUGCUAGUUGUGUCGUCGAACCCGGAGUCACGUACUUCAAGCUCUAUGAGGAAAUUCAGAAUCGAAAUCUCCCAUUGUGGAUCGACACCCCCGAUCUGGGUGGGGGUAGUGUACUAGGUAACGCCAUCGACCGCGGCGUGGGCUAUACUCCAUACGGAGACCAUUUCGCAAACCAUUGUGGCAUGGAGCUCGUCUUGCCUGAUGGUGAACUAUUGCGUACAGGCAUGGGUGCAAUGCCAGGCCCAGACGGGUCAGAUAACCCUACCUGGCAAUCAUUCCAGCACGCGUUCGGCCCUGCCAUCGAUGGUAUUUUCUCACAAAGCAAUUUUGGAAUCGUGACAAAAAUGGGUUUCCAUCUGAUGCCUGAGACUGGACAUCAAUCAUACUGCUUCACUUUCCCGCGCGAUGAUGACUUUGAACAUAUAGUGGAUCUCAUCCGACCCCUUGCCCAAAAGCGCAUAUUGGGGAAUAUUCCACAACUACGCCACGCAAUUCAGGAGCUUGCCGUUACUGGUGGGAGAAAGAAAGAUUUCCACGAUGGGGCUGGCCCAAUGACACGGGAGGAGAUUCGAACUGCUGCUUCGAAGUUGCCGCUUGGUGAUUGUUCUUGGGUUUUCUACGGAACCCAAUACGGACCUCCGGAGGCUAUCGUCGCACAACUGGAACUUAUCAAAGGGGAGUUCGGGAAGAUCCCGGGCUCAAAAUUCUUUUUGCCCGCCAAUCUCCCUCCCGAUCAUUAUAUCCACGAUAGAGCCUCGGUGUGCAGUGGCGUGCCGGUUCUGCGGGAAUUAGACUGGCUUAAUUGGGUCCCUAACGGUGCUCAUUUAUUCUUCUCGCCGAUCGCACCAACCCGUGGCAAGGAUGCGCGCACGAUACAUGAGCUAAUUGUAGCAGCGCAUCAAAGGCACGGUUUCGACUUGUUCCCAACGUUGUGUGUGGCUGGUCGUGAAAUCCACUAUAUCACAAAUAUCAUAUAUGAUAGGGCGGACCCUGAAGCUAAGAAUCGCGCCAUACGCCUCAUGCGUGAGAUGAUAGAUGAGUGUGCUGCGAGGGGAUUUGGUGAGUAUCGCACACAUCUCCUGUUCGCCGAUCAGGUAGCCGGUACAUAUAACUGGAACAACUCGGCGUUCAUGCGUUUCAAUGAGACGAUUAAAGAUGUCUUGGAUCCGAACGGGAUUCUUGCCCCUGGUAGGAAUGGUAUUUGGCCUAAGCGGUUCAGAGGGAAAGGAUGGGAGCUGAAAGUUGAUGACAUUGACUUAACAACAAUUGGACCCCGUUCCUAAGAAUUCGGUAUAUCAAUAGUAGAAAACCAAAGCAAAAUUAGCAAAAUAGGGUAUCGGUU